CGCAUGAAAUCCGCGUCCUUAAACAGGACGGUACCCUCCGUAAUUUUUUCACCUGCAAGACCUGGCCCGCUCAUUCUAGCCUAAACGGCAAAAAAGGGCACGAAGGAACUCCUUUCUCCGUCUCAAUUUCUUCAAAUCUAUCUCUGCAUUUCCAUGGCCGAUUUCGAAGCUCCUUCUUUCUCUCUCGGUCUUGAUCUCGAUCUCGAUUCAGAUCACCCCGUCGAAGAAUCUCUCCCCCAAUCAGCUCCAAUACCUCCAAUCAAUGAAACAACCUUCCGCACCUCCCGAUGCAACGACGACGGCGACGAUUUCCACUUGGUAGGAACCCUAGAUCCCGAUCCUCCUCCUCUCGUCCUCAAGCGCCUCAGGCGGGGCCCACUGAAGACCCCUUCCUCUUCUGCGUUCGGUCGGCCAGAGUCUUUAGAGCUGCCACUGAACGUCGACGACAGCACCGAUGAGUUUUCUUCGGAGGAAGAUCGAUGGAGAGAUGAAAACUCAUCUAUGCAAAACCGUUCUGCAUGUAGCAGUUCAAAGUUUUCACUGCAUGGUCAGAAGGUCCAGUCUAGUCAAUCUGCAAGUAAGUUGAAUGACAAGAAAAACAGACCAGCUUCUAAUGCUUCAACCAGCAGAAACUUCGAGGCAAGUAGCAGCCAGUGGAUAUUUCCAAAAUUAACUAUCAGCCCUCUCAGAAAAAUCCAUUUACUGGAUUCUGAUUGUGAUGAUCCUUCGUCCAUCAAUGACCAACCUAAAGAUGUUAAAAGGGUUGGUGCAUCUGCAAAAGGCAGGCAGUAUGACCCUGCCCAAUAUGUAAUUGGAAAUCAACAGAAGAAAGCAAAGAUCUCCUCGAACAUGCCGCAAACUGAUGACUUUUGGAAAGAUUUCACUCCGAAGAAAAACAUAAAAUUGGCCACACCUGCUCUGGAUGAGUUCUGCGAAGAGUAUUUCAGGUCUAUGAAAUAUGUGAAUGUUGGUCCGGGUACAAAGGAAGAUAUUGGUAUGAGUAGUACUACGUCACUUGCUUCGAACUAUAACUUGGAUGAAGCCAAACUUUGUUUUCAGAAAAACAACUUCCGUGAAGAUGUGGACCACUGCGGGAGCCUUCCAAAUCUGCUUCCACCUGCUUACAGAUAUUUUCACCACAAUGAUCCAAGGAUUCAGAGAUUAGUCCGGGAUCGUUUGUGUUACUUUUUUCCAAUUGGUGCUACAAGCCAGGGAAGAAACCAGCAUUCUGAAACAGCAGCUAUUGAUUACAUGGGUCAAUUUGGCCAGAGAGAUACUCCAACCCAAUAUCCUAGUCAAGUUAAUGGAACUGUGAACAGGGGCCUUAAAGAAAGCUCAAAAAAGAAUAACAAUUUGAAUAAUUCAAAUUUUGAAGAGGCCCCACAACCUUCUGGGAAUUGGGUGAACCCCAAAAGCUGGGGUGCCAUCCCGAGGCAUGCUGGCAAAAAGCGAGUUCGUGCAGAUGGCUGUUCUGCUGGUGCUGGUCACUGGUAUACAGGCCAGGAUGGAAGAAAGGUUUAUUUCACUAAAAAUGGACAAGAGUUGACAGGGCGAACAGCCUAUAGGCAUUACAGAAAGGAGAAUGGUGGUGGAUUCAAGAGGGCGAGAAAGAAAGCUGCAUCCAAGAAGAACUCAAACAAAGCUGCAUCCAAGAAGAGCUCAAAUAAAGCUGCUUCCAAGAUGCGAUCAAAUAAAACUGGUAUCAAGAAGAGAUCAAAACGAUGAGAG